AACAUCUUUUAUGUAAGAAAAAGGUGUAAUUUUACCUCUAGAAAUGUGUAAUUUUACCAAUUUUCUGGUGUAAUGCCACUUUUUCAGUCUAAAUUGAGGUAAAAAUACAUCAUAAAAGAGGUAAUAUUCAACCUUCCAAAAUUACAGCUUCCAAAUUUACAUUAGUUUUUACUGUGUACCUCUUACAGUAGAAUUUCUGCCAGAGUAGUGGUGAACUGGGCAGCGAAUGACCAAGAAGGUUAAAGCUGCCAGAAAUAAAUGAAUUAACAACAACAACAGUGGUGAACUACGCUGUAAACAGCGAAAAUUUCGCUAGAUUUUCUGCUGUCAGGUAUGUUUGCCAAUAAUUAGCGAAAACAAACCAGCAGAACUAAGUUGCUGGAUUUGAAUUUUCUCAGCCACUGGUUUCGGCUAAAAACUUCGCUGAUUCAGUGUAAUUUUUCGCAAAUAUCAGCAAAAUCAAACCAAGAAAAUCUUUCUGCUGAUUUGGCGAUGGAUCCCCUUUCCGUGUUCUACGAAGUUCGUAGAAGCUAAUGGUAAAUAACAAAAUAAAUUCAUCGCGUAAAAGUACGAAAACACUCUGCUGCAUACUCUGUGCAGUCGUAAGUAAAAAACAAAGUUCAAAAAAGUACCUAAUCUAAAACCUGUAGACAUAUCAGUGGACGAUUUUCCAUGACCAUAAAUGUGAUUCAGGGCUCCAUGGAAAUGCAAAAAUGGCAGCCAGACCACUUUCAUCGAUGGCAAAUCGUUUGACAACUUGUUUGUUGUUGAUGUCAGAAAAAUUGGGCAUGAUAGUUUCAACUUCUGUUGAACAAUUCAAUCAGAUUUCUUUCGUCUUUUUCAGGUUCCAGUUGUUAUGGUAUGGAGUCGCGGUCUUGGCCACGACAAGGAGUUUGGGUAUGACCCACAAGAGGAGAGAUAAGUUUGAGACAGCCAUCUUGCUAGAGCAAUUUGUAAAUUAGAGCUCAAUAAAAUUGGAAUUGUUCAGCAUUUUCUAUUUAAAAUACCGACCAUAACAUGGUGUCAGAAGAAUCGUGACCAUAAAAACUGAUUUCGUCGUCAUUUAUAUCGCGAAUAUUGAAUUUUAUGAAAUUUAAAAAAAAACUGAAAAAUCAAUGAAGUGCUACGGAAGUUUCAGCGUUUUCCCCAAAAGAGACUAUAGUUAUCUCUUUCUCGCAUAGAGCUUUAUGACGUUUCGCGUACGCACACUAGCGCACCAUUUGAUUUUGCUGGCUGACAAAAUUUAACCUCACAUUAUUUUCGUGUACGUGUACGUACACGCAAUACAUACGCACGUAGAAUGCUCUGUUGUUGGCUGUGCUAGUGUGAUAGUGUAUUGUUUACACCAGUGUAUUAGUGCAAACAUUGCACCAGUGUGGGAAAACGUUUGAGAACGAUCCAUUAAAGUGACAAGUAAAAAGUAAAAAAACGAUAAGUUAACUGACAGUUGAAAAGAGACUACAAUGACUACAAUCGAAGAAAAUAGUUCUGUGGAGAUGAGCACGAGUUUGUGAAGGGAAUGUGUCCAGCAUACGGCAAAAAAUAGAAAAGCAAGCGUGGCGACGGCCGCAACUACUUAGAGAAGGCGUGUAAAAUCGAUCAACCCUGGAAGCAGAAGCGACGCCACCGUCGUGUCAAGGAGGUGAAGGACGACGAGAUCAGUUCGGAAGAACGCUUUGAACGAGGGGCGUGACAUUGGCCUUAAUGUAUAAAUUUUUCGCAUUUAAUAUAUUAAGGAAUUAAAUUCCUCGCGUUACUUGAAAUUUGACAGCACUACAUCUGCUUUGAAAACAUUGGUCUGCCUCGUGUCAUUUUCACUCGCACAACUGUCAAGUGUUUGUGUUUUGAUUAACUUUUAAGAAAAAAAUGCGUCGCCGAGUUUUGUGAUUUUUGGAUUCGAGAUCGCUGCCACAAUUCUUUGGCUUCGACACUCAUCUUCCAGUGGAUCGAUGCUGUGCCUGAUGAUUUGGAGUAACGACGCCUUAAACGACUGGGAGGAUUGUCCGGUUGGAGCAGAGGGAUGCGAGGUUUCAGCUGGAACUGAGCGUGUGGUUGAUUCCGAACAUGCCGGAAAAGCCGAGGCCGCAGCAGCAUCACAUGCAGAGCUCGUUGAAGGCAGCGAUGCUGCUACAGCACCAUCAGAGGUUAUGCAGGGAGCCAAAUGGUUCGAGCUGAAUAUUAACAAACAGAAGGUGCAGCAUUCGAUGCCUCCGCGCCGGAGGUUCCCCAGCAUGCCACCAUUUCACCAUCUAGGGAUAGUACUGCCUCGUCCGCUACCUGGAUUUUCUGGCAUAAUGAACCAGCCGCCGUUGAUGAUUCCAGUGAACAUUUCUCCGCCGUUUAACAUGGUUCCCCACUUUCCGCCGUUGCACCUGCUCCAGGCGAACGUUCCGUCUUAAUUUUCAAUGAAUGAGCUGCAGCCGAACUUACCAAGUAGUGAGACCUACACGAAUUCUGACCAGCAGCUGGUUCAGGAGGCUCAGCAAAAUCAUUAGGUGCAGAAUAAGAAACUUUAUUAUCAAUGGCAGAUGCAGCACCAUCGUGAUAAGCUGAAUCGCUCCGGGGAGUACGACGCGUACGCGAAUUUGAUGAGCGAAUGGGACAAGCAGAAGC